AUGACUCCAAUAUCUCUUCUUACUGCUAUUGAUUCAACAUCUCAUAUUCACCUUAUAGUUGGAUCCAAUCCAUUAGCAGGAGCAAGAUGUACGAAAUCCCUCGAAGUAGGAGCAAAACCUAUCCUCAUUGCGCCUGAAUCUUCCGAAUUACAUUAUACAUUACAAAAACGAAUCGAGAAUGGGGAGGUGGAAUGGUUAAAGAAGUCAUUCGAAGACGACGAUGUUAUGAAUCUAGGCAGAGAAGAGAUUGGGAGAGUUGUCGAUGCAGUAUUUGUUACAGUUGGACCUCGAGAUCCAUUGAGCUCACAUAUUUCACAACUUUGCAAACGCAGUCGCAUACCUGUGAAUGUAGCAGAUGCUUCAAGCCUCUGUACCUUUUCUCUCCUUUCAACACAUAUCGAUGGGCCACUCCAGAUUGGCGUAACAACCAAUGGGAAAGGCUGCAAACUCUCCUCACGAAUCCGUCGCGAAAUCGCCUCUUCACUUCCUACAAAUAUAGGAGAAUCAUGUCUACGAAUUGGCACGAUUCGCAGACGGAUCCAAGAGGAGGAUCAUUUGGCACAUCUAACUGCAGCUGGGGAUUUGGACAAAGAGGAAGAAAUAGAUCAAAGCUCUACUUUCAAUAAACUCAUCACGGAAGCGGACCUCGAUGCUGCGAAGAACCGACGUAUGAGAUGGCUUUCACAGAUUUGUGAAUAUUGGCCCCUUCGUCGACUCGCCUCAAUCACCGAUUCAGAUGUCGACAGCGUCCUCAAAUCCUACGCUACAAACCCCUCAACUUCCACUCCUCUCGAUACAUCAACCCUCGAUUCUCGCCUCUCAAAACUCCCCCAAAUAAUUCUAGCAGGAUCCGGACCCGGCCACCCUGACCUCCUUACCCGCGCAACGCACAAAGCAAUCCUUUCUGCCGACAUAAUCCUCGCCGAUAAACUUGUCCCAUCCGGGGUUCUCGAUCUCAUUCCCCGCCGAACACCCAUCCACAUCGCGCGUAAAUUUCCCGGAAACGCCGAACUUGCGCAGCAAGAAUUAUUAUCCCUUGGACUUGCGGGUCUCAAGGCUGGAAAAACUGUUUUGCGGCUAAAGCAAGGUGACCCUUAUAUAUAUGGACGAGGAGGAGAGGAAUUUGAGUUUUUCCGAAAGGAAGGAUUUGGGGAUCGAGUUGUCGUGCUUCCUGGUAUAACGAGUGCAUUGAGUGCACCUCUGUUUGCGGGGAUACCGGCUACGCAGAGGGCGGUUAGUGAUCAAGUAUUGAUAUGUACUGGGACUGGUCGGAAGGGAAAACCGACUGUACCGCCGCAAUAUGUGGGUACUCAGACUGUAGUGUUUUUAAUGGCACUUCAUAGGAUAAAGGGGCUAGUAGCUGAUCUCACAACCCACGAUUCCGAAGACGCAAAAGUGAUCGAUGAGAAUGGGCAAGUAGACCAGAGCAGGAAAUUAUGGCCUCUCAGCACACCGUGUGCAGUAAUAGAAAGAGCAUCAUGUCCAGAUCAAAGAGUAGUUAGAACCUCUCUACAAUGGGUCGUAGAUUCCAUUGAAGAAGUGGGAAGUAGACCACCUGGAUUAUUGGUACUUGGAGCUGCGUGCGAGGUUUUGUUUAAUCAAAAUGCAAACAAGGAGGGAAGGAAAUGGGUGGUUGAGGAGGGGUUUAAAGGGUUGGACGAAUUGGGGUUGAGGGAGGUGGUACUUGAGGCGGUGGAGAGGCCGGAUGUGGCGAGGGGAGAUAGUUUUGGGAAGGAGUUGAAAGUUUAA